CCUCAGGCCUGACUGACAGCCCCUCCUCCAAUGGCUGUGCUUCAGAGGGCGGGACGGAGGCGGGGCCUUCAGCAGCAGGGGCAGCGUUAGCAGGAGAGACUCGGAGAGACGGCAGGCCAGCGGAGGAUUUCCCAGAAGCCCCGGCAGUGACCGAUGUUGUAUCACACUCACCCAGCAGGGAGGGGCCGGGAGAGGAGAGGCAGGAGACGCUGCCACCGCCACCGCAGGCUCACACACCGCCCGGCCAGCACAUGGAGCCCACACACACCGCACACACACCCGACGGGCUGCUCUCACACACCACCGCCGGCACACACACGCAGCAGAAGGCAGGAGCCAAGGUGAGGCCGUCUCAGCCUGAGGAGCGCACCGCCGGGGAUGGAGAGGAGGACGAGGAACUGGAGGAGCUGGAGGAGGAAGAGGAGGUGGAGGAGGGAGAGGAGGCACUGGAGCUAGAUGAUGAGGAGGAGGAAGGAGGAGGAGGAGGAGGAGGAGGAGCAGUGGACGACGGGGGACCUGUGGGGCUGGAAGUACCGGAGGAGACCCCCGGGGUUGAGGAGGAGAGGGAACAGAACCAGGAACUCGGCGUGGAACCGGUGGAACCGGUAGAACCGGUAGGACCGGUUAAAGUUGCCACUCUGGACGACAUGGCCAAGAGGAUCAAGGUGGAGGAGAUCGCCCCCGCCUCAGGUCUGGUCUCCAUCCUAAAGAGACGCGCCUCUCUGGAGGAGGCCAACUCCUCCCGGCCCGCCCCCAACCCCAAGGCCCUCCCCAAACGCAAGGUCCGCUUCAGGGAGCCUGACGACGGCUUCGACCAAGAUGAAGUGGGCGGAGACUCGUGGGCGCUCCUCCUCCUCCUGUGUCUGGCUACCGUGGUGAUCAGUGUGGGCGGGACGGCGCUGUACUGCACGGUGGGCGACGCCCAGUCCAGCGUCUGCACGGACUUCUCUCACAACAUGGACUUCUACGUUCAGCAGGUCCAGCGAGGCAUGGCCGAACUCAAACACUGGUUCUCCCCCAGCUCAUAGCGUGGCUGGGGCAGCAGAAGGACCUUCAAAGACGUGCGUGCGUGUGUGUGCGUGUGUGUGUGUGUGUGUGUGUGUAGAGGACAAGCUGAGGCCCUUUCCCCUAAACGUUUUUAAAGACACUGAACCGCCCUGUAUGUUGUGUGUCUCAGGGUUAGCAUGUAGCGAAACCCCAGAAGAAAAUCAUCUUAACCUGGCAGCUGAGGCCUGCUCCAGCUCCUGAGCGCCCUCUGCUGUUUGAUUGGUGUAAAGGCACGAGUGGGUUUCCUCCACAGAAGCCUACCGAGGCGAAGGCGAUGCUUCUGGGAGGACGGCCCCACGGGCUGUUUACUGAGCACAACACACACAUCACCACGAGGCUGUCAGCUUUACACAGGGGAUUCCACACGCAACCAUGGAAACCCUCAACAGGAAGCAGCCGAUUGGCCAGUUUCAGAAUGAUGCAGCUAAAUGUCUACUGCCACCUCCAACCUUGAAAUGAACAUUCUGAUCAGUUCGGAUGUGCUUUUAUUUGUUUUGGGUUUCUUUCUUUUCUUCUUUUUUUUCCUAGGAUAUUGUUUUUGAUUUUAGACAUCACUUUACAUUAAAUGGAAGGCCAGCUGGCAUUCAAUAAUAAGCAGCGCGGAGCCUGAAGGUAGCAUCGUCCACUCUUUUACACGGGACUGCGGCAGGGACGAGGAAAGCAAUAUGUGUCUCUUUUGAAGAAUGUUUUUGAUGCUAUAUUCUAAAGACCAGUAUGGUACUAUAGACAGAGCAUAUGUACGUGUAGGCGUGGUGAAAACCACACAGGUUCAGGGCGGCGGCUCGACCGUCACGCUUACUAUGGUUCAGGACGUCGUCUCGACCGUCACGCUUACUAUUGAUGUUAUUCCUAACGGUGUCAGUACGAAGAAUGCAUACUCUUCACUCGUACCUCUAUGUAUGCUACUGCGAUGGAAGGAGUUGAUCAAUUUGAUUUGUAUUAUUUUUCCCUCAGACUUAGAUUGUGUUAUAUUUGUCUUUUAGUCCUGGAUUUCUGUCCUUGUUAAUGUACUGCUAGGUGACAAUGCACAGAUGUGUACUUUGAUUUUUUUUUCUGUCCUCUCUAAACCAAGUCAAACUAAAUUGGGUGACAAUAGGCGCGUUUCCAUAAACCUGCAUAAUGCGCAAUUUGAAAAGUGAAUUUAGUUCAAAAUAAAUCUGAUAUCGCAAAAGACAUGUUUACGCUCGCAUGGGAUGGUUUUUCAGACAAGGCAACAAAGCAACAAUAUUUAGCAAAAUGGAAACAUUUUAAGCAAGUAUUUAAGUGAGUCACGUGACACUACGUUCAAAAACAUUACGCAUUUUAUGUGGUCUAACAAGGAGACAGAAUUAUUCUUACUGUUGGUUCGAGAUAAAGAAAUGAGCCUACUGCAAAUCUAGAAAACAAGCUACAACAAAAUGCAAAUAUUUAUGAGGAUCAUCGGUUGCCUCACGAUAAUAAUGACGUGCAUCACAUGCCCUAGAACUCGUCGCCUAUGAUUAUUAUCGAUGAUUAUUUGAUUAUUCGAACACCAUCACGACUAUUGGUGGAUGCAAUCUAAAUUAAAGUGCCAAGACUUAUCAGAUCUUGGAGAUCCGUUGCCAUGUUUACCUGGAAUGACUAUCGCCAGAGGAGAACCCCCAGCUUUAAUCCCAUAAUAUUACUCAAUGGAAACACAGACCAUUCGCAAUUGUGUUCAAAAACCUUGCUUCAAUUUGGCGCAAAACUGCAAUGGAAACCCGCCUAAUGAGAGCAUGUAGGCCAAUUGGAAGAUGAAGUUAAGCCUUGUAGAGGAAGUGGUCUGCAGCAGGGCUGCUUCAUUUAGAAAGAGGUCUGCGUCGCUUCAGGUAUGAAGGCCAGACAGGUGGGUUGGCCUGUAUGUGUCCGUUUUCUCUUCAUUUGCACGUGUUGCCUGGCUGGCUCAGGCAACAGUCUUAAUCAGAGUGUGCAUUCAAUGACGUAUUUAUUUAAUGUACUGUAGUGAAAAGCUUUGUGAAAAGAAGCAACUUAAAAAAAAAAAAAAAAAAAAAGAACAUUGAAAUACGCAUGUCCUCUUUUUUUUCACUACCUGGACGCUAUGUGGGUAUUACCUUUCUCUCUCUCUCUCUUUCUUUCUCUUUCUCUCUCUCUCUCUCUCUCUCUCUCUGUUUUCUUCCCCUCCAUCUGCUAGUAGCAGGGCUGCUCGUGAAGAGAGCUGUCCAAUGGAGAAAAAAAAUAGCUUCUUUAAUAUGUCUGUUAUGGGACUGACUGACUUUUAUUUCUGAAGGGUUUACCAUGUUUUAGUUUUUUAAACUGUAAAUAUUACGCAAAUAUUACACAUUUUUAACGUCCUUAUCUGAUUUUCACUGUCUUUUCUUUAAGGUAUUGGGCUUAUGAAAUGUAAAGGUUAUGGUAUGGGAUGCUGAUACCUUUUUUCCUCUGGUAAAUAAAUCUUAUUGUUGGGACUGAA